UUCCUUGAGCUUUGAUAAAGGCAAAACAUGUCAAUCAGUCUUAAUUAUGUUGCGUGGGAAAAUGACCUAAGUUAACCUGAAGUAAAAAAGAAUCGGUUGUGUGUGAAGCUUUAUUUUACUUGAAGUAAUUAAAAUUUACUUGCCUUGAAAUAUUUCUUAGCUUAUUUAGGCUCUAAUGUAAAGACUACCAUUAUCACAAUUCAGCUCUGGGCUCUUUCAGAAUAAAGAGAGGUUUUUGUGUCUUGGUAGACAAUUCAUAAUCUGAGUGUCAAACAAAGACAAAAGGAUUGACGAACUUGAUAUUAAAAGCCACAGGAAAAAAAAAACAGCAAAGAUUUUCUUCGGCUAAAUAAUUACUUUAGGACUAAUUCAAUCGAGCGGAAUGAAAACUGCACAGGGCUUUAUAAAAGGAGCUAAUUACAGAUACCAAUCGUAAGGUUUUGACUAUAAAUAAAAAUAAUUAGCUUUAAAAAAGUAAAAUAAAAGCAUCAAAAAUGAUUCCUAACCUAACUGGUAACCUCCUAACCCUAAUCUAACUUAACUUAACCCUAACUCGAGCUUUCCUUCCAUGACUGCCACGAAAACGCUCCUCUUAAUGGUCACGGGACUUGCAGAAAGUCAAAAUGGUAAGACAGCGAAAAAUUGUCGAGUCCUGCGUCGAGUCCUGGCUCGAAGUCCUGGCUCGAGUCCUAGCUCGAGUCCUGGCUCGGUAUUUAGGCAUCCUCAUUGAAAGCUAUUAAAACUUAAGCUUAAAUGCAAUCAGUCUUUCUGAAAAGUAGAAAAUUAGCGAGACAAAAUUCAGUGAAAGACGACAGAAUCUAGAUUCAGACAGCAAAAAUGGAAAACAAAACUACAAACAGUGUAUAGCUGCCGUAAGGAGACUUCUUUUACCGAUCAGCGCUAACAAUAGACGCACAAGUUUAUUCCGAUUUGAGUCCUCGAGGGUUACAGCAAUAAGCAAGAUGGUAGACCAUUGACCCCAAAGACUCGACUGACAUCAAGUCCGAUGUACCGUAAUUUGCCGUAUUUGCCGUAUUUGAUGUGUUAAUUGAGUUGUGUUGUGUUGUGGUUUAAACUGAAAUACAAGGUGAAAAUAAAACUUCAGAAAUACUGCGAGCGCAAAAAAAUACUGCAAAAAUGAAAUACAGCAAACGAAUGGACAACGCACUUACAUUGUUUUGGCACAAAACUUUUGACCGCAAAAGAGAUAUUCCUGAUAGGAAACUACUACUUAGUGCUCUUGAAGAAACAACGUUGAAAUAAAAGCUGAACUGAAAAUGCUACAUGGAGUAAGGUCACCCCUGCACAUUGCGUUGAUUGUAGUGAAUCCUUUAUUAACCCACAAUCAUUUAUUUUUUCUUGCAAGACUGUUCACAAAAAUUUCACCACUUUGAAAAACAACAAGAUCUACCAACCAAAGGAGGGUCGGAUGUCGAACACUUCACUAUCGACGGAACUCGGUUUCUCGCCUUCGCAAACUUUUUCAGUGAAACCGAAGGACAUAACACCGACUCUUUCAUCUACAAACAGAACAAUUCCACUGGAAUAUUUUUCCUUUAUAAGACUUUACGCACACAUGGAGGCAUUGACAUGGAAUAUUUUCAAAUUGGUGAUCAACAUUACCUGGCUGUCGCAAAUCAUCGUUAUGGAACUUCGUACCGACUGAAUUCAGUUAUUUACCAGUGGAGUCUGAGUCAGGAACAAUUUGUCGUCUUUCAAAGCAUUAAAACAUUUGGAGCACACAGCUUUGACUUCUUCGAAAUAACAAAUGAGCAGUUUCUUGCCGUUUCAAAUUAUUAUGAUGGCUCCUCGUACAGUAUCAACUCAUCCAUCUACAAAUGGAACAGUAAUAAAUUUGAAAAGAUUCAAGACAUAGCAACCGAGGGGGCUGUUAAUACUGAGACCUUUGUAAUCAGCAAUGAAACCUUCAUUGCUUUUGCAAACCAUGGCCAAUGGCAUUUGUCCCCACAAAAUCAAGAUUCAGUUCAGUCAGCUGUGUUCAAAUGGUCAGGGCAGCAAUUUGUCAAACUGCAGUCUUUCCAGACAUAUGGCGCCCUAGAUGUGAAGUCAUUCAGUGACAACGGUUCUACUUUUCUCGCGUUUGCAAACUACAGACACGGUGUGCAACGCAAUAUCAAUUCUCCCAUUUACAAGUGGAAUGGCAGUAAUUUUGUUAUAUUUCAGUCGAUUCCUACUCCUGGAGCAGCCGGCUUACAUCCCUUUACGAUGAGCAAUCAAACUUUUCUGGGUGUGGCUAAUCACUAUGAUGACGGCAACCGGUACAACACUAUGUCAGUGGUAUAUCGAGUUUCUCAGGAACAGUUCAUUGAAUAUCAAGAAAUUCCAACCCAGGGAGCUUUUGGCAUGACGUCAUUUCAAUACAAAGGCCACACUUACCUAGCAGUUGCAAAUCGUUAUACUGAUCCUGGCAAAAACAAUAUCAACAGUGCGCUGUAUAAGUGGGCCUAA